AUGACAGCACGCAACGCACAACUCGAGCGGUACGACGGCGGGGAAACCUUAGAAGGAAUCCCAACUCGCAAUGAUAUUGUGACUGAAUUCGAUAACGGGAUGACCGCUGUACUUCAACAAAGCCUAUCCGCCAAACAAUCCAUACAUUUCAUGCCUACGGAUGUGAGUGAUGAAGCUGAAUACAUAAAAGGUGUAUCUACUUACAUUUUGCGUAUUAGUGGUGCUUUAAUCAAUGGGCAAAAGGCAAUCGUGGAUAUUACAGGCAUCAAACCCUUCUUUGAUAUUGAAGUACCUGAGACCACAACUUACCCCUUGUCAGUAUUUAAGAGACGAUUGAUAAAUAUAUUGACUAACACCCUCAAAAACACAUCGAAAUUCGGGAUAGAGACUAUUAGUGCUUUUCCACUUCGAGGAUAUCAUACAGAAAGGAAAUCAUAUAUACGUGUUACUACUUGGAAUCAAUUUGAUCGAUAUAAUGCAUUAAAAGCGGUUCGUGAAGUUGGUAUUAGCACUGCUUCCGAUGACCUGAAUCCUACGUAUUACUAUCGCAAAGUAGCCCGUGAAAAAAGAUUACCUCUUUCAAGUUGGGCAGUGUUAAGUAACUAUUCAUAUAAAUAUAUCGGGGAUUCAUCACUAAAUACUUAUUCCUUCCAGGUAGCCGUAAACAAUUACAAUCCAAUAAACGAUGACGACUAUAACAAUCCGUUAAUUUCUUCAGCGCUUACAAGAGAUCGAACUCUCAUUCUCACAUGGGACAUAGAGACAUAUAGUUCGCUCGGACUAGGUAAUUUUCCUACUGAGCAGAGCAAUGAAUCUAACGUAUUUAUGAUCUGUAUGACAGUUCAUUGGAAAGACGACCCCGAACCACUAAAGCAAAUCUGUCUUGUCGAUGUUGAAACUGCGCCAGACCCGCGACGGACAACAAUUAUAUGCGAAUCUCAGACUAAUUUAUUAAAAGCAUUUGCCUUGUGUCGGAAACUCUUAGCCCCGGACAUUCAAAUAGGUUUUAACGAUUCACAAUAUGAUUGGAAAUUUAUUGUGGAAAAGGCGAAAAAAUUAGGGGUUCUCGAAUGGAUGUUCAAUCAAAUGUCAUUAAAGCCUUUAAGCCUCGAAAAAAUUACAAAAUGGCAAUACCAAUAUAACGCAAUAAAAGUUAAUGAUAGGAAUUUCUAUUCGAAACAUCUUAAAAUUCCUGGGUGCGUGGCAAUUGAUGUCCGACCAUGUUUUAUGAAAUUUUAUUCUAAGGCUGAAAAGAGUAGUUUAGCAUAUUACCUAAAGGAGUGUAAACUUGAUAACAAGCUAGAUAUGUCUUACCAUCGUAUGUUCAAGUAUUAUGGAAGGGCAUUAAAAGAAACUAACGUUACAACGGCUGAGCAGAUGCGCGAAGUAGCCGAUUAUUGUAUUAUCGAUGCUAUUAGCUGUCAACGGUUAAUGGUAGAGCGUAAUGCAAUUAAUGAGUACAGGGAGAUGGCAUCUGUAGCCUUCAUAUCAGUAUAUGAUUCACAUUAUUUUGCGGUAGGAAUGAAAGUGCGCAAUCUUUUAAGUGCUAGUGCAUGGCAGGAAGGGAUUUUGACCAGUACAAUUCCAUGUGAACAAACGGAAACACGAAAAUACCCUGGAGCCUAUGUUUUUCCACCGGUAAAAGGUCUCGAAAAUAGACGUCCUGUAACCGGCUUAGACUUUGCAUCAUUGUAUCCAAGUCUUAUCAUGACAUACAAUCUCUCACCCGAAAAAAUAAUUUUAUCUCGAAACCAUGCCGAAUCUCUAAAGGAAAGCGGUAAAAAGCUUCAUGAAAUUAACUUUAAAUUCAAUAAUCGGGAUGUUCUCGCAUGGUCUAUAGAACAUGGAAACCGAGCUGAAAUGAAAGGCCUUUAUCCAAAAGUAUUAGAAGAGUUGCUUAUUAGACGAAAUUUACUAAAAAAACGUCUUGCUCCAUUAAAGGAUAAAAAAGAAGAAUUAGAAAAUGAGAUUAGUUUGGCGAAAGCAAGAGGCAUGGUUGUUACAGAUGCUUUAAAAUCUGAAUACUCUUCAAUUGCCUUUAAUGUUGCUUGUCUAGACGCAAAACAGCUUGCUUUAAAAGUGUAUAUGAACACGUUUUACGGUGAAGCUGGGAAUAGUGGAUCUCCUUUCUUCUUGCGAGAACUAGCAGGGGGAGUAACAUCAGCCGGUCAGCGAAAUAUCAAGCUCAUUGCUGACUUUGUCGGAAGUAAAGGGUUUGUUGUAAAAUACGGGGAUACCGAUUCAUUAUAUCUUGUUUGCCCAGAAGAAUAUUUUCAGGAGUGUGAUAAGAAAUACAUUUCAGAAAAGAUAUCAAAGGAAAAAUACUGGGAGGAGAUGGUGAGAAUAUCUAUGAAGGUAAUGAGCGAACUCCGAAACGAUGUUAAUGACUUUCUCAGGGAAGAUAAUGGAUCAACUUAUCUUAAGAUGGCAUAUGAGGAAGUAUUAUUUCCCGUAGUAUUUACAGGUAAGAAAAAAUAUUAUGGUAUUCAACAUAUAAAAAAACCUAACUUUUACCCAGAUUUUGAAAAGCUUUUUAUUAAGGGUGUUGAUAUUGUGAAACGAGGGCAAUCUGAGUUUAUCCGCAAAGUAGGUAGAAACAUUAUGGAAGAAUCUAUGAAAAUUAAUAACAAUAGAACAAUGCAACAAAUCGUCGAAGACGUUCUUAAAAGCGCUGUAGAUAACUUAUCCCAAGUCGAUAUAAAUGAAUGUGUAAAAACUUCCGCAUGGAAGCCUGAUAGAAAUAAUAAAAGUGUUCAAUGUUUUAUCUCUCGAAUGAAAUCUAAGCACGCUCGCGAGAUAAUAGAAUCCCAACAGCUCAUAAAACAGGGAGUAUCGCCCAAUCCAUAUAUAUAUAAUAUCCCAGAACCCGGAGAACGCUUUGAAUAUAUAGUAGUGGAGGGGGUAUCAGAGAAAGUGGGAGAUCGUAUGGAAUACCCAGAUGUGGCGAAAAAACUUAACAAAAAAAUAGAUAUCAAUUAUUACCUAAAGAGUGUAGUUGGUCUCUGUGCCCGGUUUAUAAAUAAUAGUAAAUGUUUUGAACCACAACCUGAUUCCGAAUCCUUGAAAAAUAUUACAGAUUCAGAUGAACUCUGGACGGCAAAGGAUGGUAUAGCGCAAAAAUCCGCUGAACGAUGGCUCAAAAAAUAUAUCAAAGAUUUACGCGAUGCUCCGAAGAAGGAAGAAGAUAUUUUAUCUCAUCUAUGGAAAGAGGUUAAUACUUAUGCAGAAAAAAUAUGUUCCAGUAAUAACGUAAAUAGGACUGUGCAAACAAGAAUAUGCUUGAACUAUAGUUCUCAUGAUGAGUCGAAAACUCGUGACUUUACCUCUUCUUACCUCAAUGCAUUGAACGAAAUUGAAAAUUCUAUUCGUUUAAAUUUAUCAGAUCUUUUUGCGAGAAUUUCCAAGUCCAAUGAAAAAUAUAGAGAUGAUUUACACAAUUGUGAAUUGAUGCAAGAAUUUCGUAAUGAAUGGUAUAGAGAAAUUGGUCUUGUGACUGUACGACGUCGAGCAUUAUCACACUUAACUACACAGAACACUGGCAAAAACAAGUUACAUGAAGCAGAUCUCGAUGAGAUUAUUGAUUUAUAUUGCUAG